AUGGUUAAUGGAAUUUCAGCUCGCAUGAGGCAUAUGAUUGAACCGAAUGUUUUAACUGAAACAUUGUAUGCUCUCGUUAUCGGCGAAAAAGGCGCCGGAAAAACAACACUAGUCUCCGGACUAUAUAAACUUCACCCAGUUGAUCGUCGAGUGUUAAAUACAAUAGAAAAGAAAGAUAACUACUACCCAAUAUGUCAACAAAUGAAUUCAGUUGUAUUAAUUGAUGGAUCAGAAGAAGAAAACGUCGAACAAAUUUGGGAAUCUACAGAAAUUUCCGUCGUCUUCCUUGUUAUAAAGUACGACACUCGAUUCGAACGUAUGUUGACCAGUUAUUUCACAAAUGAAGAACAGAUAGAAAAACAUAGUGCUAAAGUCAUCGUGAUGUUUUCACAUUGGGAUCAUUCGAAAGAUCCAGAGAAAGAGUUCGAAGAUAUAUGUGAAUUCUUCGAAGAAGAAUGUUCAAAUAUUUUGAAUUUAAUCUGUUAUUCUGAUCAAAAUAUGAAUGAAGAACUUGUGGACAUGAUUUUCAGAUGUAUUUCUCACUACAAUCCAAAAACAUCGAUAUCAACGAAAGACGAGUUAUCUUCGAAUACCGAACAAGAGAAUAUCGAGACUGUUGCAAAUUUUAACGGUCAAAACCAGUUUCUAUCACAACAAUCAUCUGAUCAUGUCUGCAACUUGUCAAUAGAAAAUAGUACGAGUAAUGAAAUGGGAAACGAUCAAACAUCUAGAACAGUUCGCAUUUCUGUUUCAAUCUUUAUGACUUCCUUGAAAACAAUUUACUGUUUCUAUAUUACCUCACAUCCGUACUUGUCGUUAUCCAAUCACAAUCGAACCGAAAAACUGUAG